GAGAGGCAGCGGAAUGGAGUGUCCUUUGAACGGGGGCCAAGAGGAACAGGUGGCCCAGAGGCAGAGCACAACGGGCUCAUAACAGCCCGAGUCCGGGGGGUAAAAGAUACUUCUCUCUCCCCGCACUUAAUCCAGCUCCGUUACGCCGAGUAUAGAAGGGGGACAGCGCUGUCCUACUUUUAAUACACUGCUGACGGCCCUCGGCGACAGUGACAGCAGAAGCUGAGUUGAGGACCAGGGUGGGCCCCCACCUUCCAAGACUGGGACACCUGUGCUGAUCAGCAGCUCUCAAGGAGUCUCCUCCAAGACAGCGGACGGACGAUGGAAAAGGACGGAGGUUCCUGCAGUGCUCAUGAUACUGGCGGAGGAGGAGGAGAGGCCCCGGCCGUGGGCGCGGCAGAGCUGAGAGAAGAGACGAAGGAGAGCCCCGAGGGGCCAGGCCAAACUGUGGAAGGAGAAAGUCCAAGUGAGGCCAAGCAACCAGAAGAGAGCCAAGCCCCCCCACAGGAGCCAUGUCGCACUGUAGAAGGAGGGGUGAACCCAGGGGAGGCCAAGGGGGCGGACGAGAGCCAAGCCCCCUCUACAGACGCCCAACCGAAGCAAGUGCAUCUUCAACCAAGCCUCAGCUGCCCAGCCACCAUGCACAGCUUAGAAGAUAUCCCCGAGGAGACUCCGGCUGUUCCCGGAGAGCAGAGUCCUCAGGAGCCGGUGGCUUCAACCCACCGAGAAGAGCCAGCAGCCGGAGAAGCCAAGCCCCCGGAUGCCCCCAGCCCGGCCCAGGAACCAGCAGGAGAGCCACCGAGCCCAGCUGCUCAGGAGGGAGAACGGACCUUGGCGGAGGCGCCUCAUUUAACUCCCGAAAGCCGAAGCCAGGAUGCUGGGGCCAAGACCUCCAUGGAGGAGCCCCCUCCGGCUGAGCAGCCGCCUUCCGCAAGCAAGGAGGAGGUGGCGAGCCCUGCAGGCGUUGACGUUCCUCCGCCGGAGACCCCGACCAGUCCCUACCUCACUCCGGACUUUGGAAAGGAAGACCCAUCCCAGAUCCUAGACGACACUCCUCCGCCACCGGCCCCUUUCACCCACCGCAUCGUCCAACUGAAAACUGUAGACUUCAAAGAGACGUACAACAUCAACACCAAGGAGAUGCUAGGAGGAGGGAAGUUCGGAGAAGUCCGUCUGUGUACAGUGAAGGAGACCGGCCUCAAGCUUGCCGUGAAAAUUAUUAAGAAGCAGGGGUCAAAGGACAGGGAGAUGGCUGAGGUGGAAAUUGACGUGAUGAACCAGUUGAACCAUCGGCACCUGAUCCAGCUGUACGACGCUAUCGAGACGCAGAGGGAAAUCAUGCUGUUCAUGGAGUUCGUCCAAGGAGGCGAGCUCUUUGAGAGGAUCAUCGACGAGGAUUACCAGCUGACCGAGGUGGACUGCAUGGUGUUCGUGCGGCAGAUUUGCGACGGGAUCCUGUUCAUGCAUCACAUGAGGGUGCUUCACCUGGACCUCAAGCCCGAGAACAUCCUGUGUGUGACUGCCAAGGGUCACAUGGUGAAGAUCAUUGACUUUGGACUUGCCCGAAGGUACAAUCCCAGAGAGAAGCUGAAAGUGAAUUUUGGCACGCCGGAGUUCCUGUCACCCGAGGUGGUCAGCUAUGAGCAAGUCUCCUACACCACCGACAUGUGGAGCAUGGGAGUGAUCACGUACAUGCUGCUGAGUGGACUCUCCCCCUUCUUGGGGGACAACGAUACGGAAACCCUCAACAACGUCCUGGCGGCCAACUGGUAUUUCGACGAAGAAGCCUUCGAGGGCAUCUCUGACGAAGCCAAGGACUUUGUCUCCAACUUGAUUAUCAAGGACAAAAGUGGGCGCAUGAGUGCGUUGCAAUGCCUCCAGCACCCCUGGCUCAACAACCUGGCGGAUAAGGCCAAGCAGGUCAACCGGCGCCUGAAAUCCCAGGUCCUGCUCCGGAAAUAUGUGAUGAAGAGGCGCUGGAAGAAAAACUUCAUUGGCGUUUGCGCUGCCAACCGCUUCAAGAAGAUCACCAGCUCGGGUUCCCUGACGGCGUUGGGAGUCUGAGUGCGGUGAGGCCGGCAGGUCAGGGCGGAAUUGAGCGACCCGGGAAUGAGAAGGGGAAGACCUCCGACCGGAAGCUUGG